AUGGCUUUCCUUUCUUACAAAAACACAUCAUUUCUAUUCUUCUUCCUUCUCCCAUCUUUUGUCUUUGCAACACAACAAUGCAUCCAUCAUCAUUUCUCUGCCUUACUCCACCUCAAGAAUGCAUUUCACUUCUCUCCUGACAGCCUCACUACCCUCUCCUCAUGGAAUUCAAGCAAUACCGAUUGCUGCUCUUGGGAUGGAAUCACGUGCAAUAGAGUCACUGGUCACGUGAUCAGUCUUGAUCUCAGUAGCCGCCUAAUCUCGGGUCGGAUUGAUUCUAAAAGCCUCUUUCGUCUUCAGAGCCUGCAGAGUCUGAACCUUGCUUACAAUAUGUUUGAUCCCUCUCCAAUCCCUUCUGGGUUUGACAAGCUCUCCAGUUUAACCCAUCUCAACCUCUCUUCCUUGAGAUUUUAUGGACAAAUCCCGCUUGAAAUCUCCCGCUUGACCAGUUUGGUUUCUCUCGAUCUUUCUUUCAAUGAUCAUUACAUUGAUACUAAAUAUCAAUUCCUGAAACUCGAAAACUCAAGCAUUGGAGCACUAGUCCAAAACCUGUCGAGUCUGAGAGAGCUGCAUCUCGAUCAUGUAACCAUUUCAGCACAGGGUAGUGAGUGGGGCCGGGCCUUAUUCAUGUCACUCCCUCGUCUUCGCAAGUUGAGCUUACAAUAUUGUGGUCUUUUGGGCCCCAUCCAUUCUUCCAUUUCCCAACUCCGUUUCCUAUCUGAACUUGACCUCAGUAGAAACAAUCUCUCUACUGUAGUCCCCAGCUUCACAGGGAAUCUCCGCAAAUUGAGUUUACAUGAAUGUAAUCUUUCAGGCCCCAUCCAUUCUUCAAUUUCCCAACUCCAUUUCCUAUCAGAACUCGACCUCAGCUAUAACAAUCUCUCAUCUGAAGUACCCAAUUUCAUAGGGAACUUGUCUUCCUUGACAUCAUUGAACCUUGAAGACUGUGGAUUGAUUGGAAAAUUCCCCAAGAGCAUUUUCCAUCUGCCGAACCUACAAAUCCUUGAUGUUUCGCACAAUCCACUUAUGACUGGCAAUUUGCCAGAAUUCCCACGAAACAAUGCUCUACAGCAAUUGAUCUUGUCAAGAACAGGAUUUUCAGGAAAGUUGCCAGAUUCGGUCAGUAAUCUCAAAUUCUUGACUCGAUUAGACCUCAGGAAAUGCAACUUUUCUGGAUCAUUGCCAUCCUCACUUUCAAACCUUACCAAACUGCAAUACUUGUAUCUUUCAUCCAAUAGAUUGAGCGGCACAAUUCCUUCCUCCUAUGGACAAGAGUUUUUGAAACUCGAAGAGAUCAUCUUAUCAUAUAAUUUGCUUUAUGGGACCAUUCCGUCAUCAUUGUUUUUGCUCCCAUCAUUGCAGAGGCUUGAUCUCUCAGGUAACCAACUUAAUGGUGUUGUGGAUCUAGGAUUAUUUCAAGGCGUCACAAACCUUUAUGCUCUCGAUCUUUCGGAUAACAACUUGUCAAUCCAAGAUGGUACUGGUAAUUCCACCCUUCUCUCCUUCCCCCAGUUUGAAUUUUUGUCAUUGCGUUCUUGCAACAUUAGUGUAUUUCCAAAUUUCUUGACAAAUCAAGAGUUGUUGUGGCAUUUGGACCUUUCCAUCAAUAAAAUUAGUGGUGAAAUACCCAAUUGGAUAUGGGAGCUUGGGUAUGGGGCAUUAGACUUUUUAAAUCUUUCUCACAAUGUUCUCCAGGUUGUUAAACCACCAUCUUCCCUUCUUUCAAUGAGUGUUCUUGACCUUAGCUCUAACAAGCUAGAAGGCCCACUUCCAAUCCCAUCACUCACCAUCUUUUUCUUUUCAGUUUCGAACAAUAGCCUCAGUGGAGAAGUCCCUCGAUUAAUUUGCAAUGAAACGUUCCUAUCAGUCCUUGAUUUAUCUUACAAUCGCUUCAUUGGUCAGAUUCCACCGUGUUUGGGUGAGAUUAGUAAUGCCCUGUCUGUGUUGAAUCUUCAAGGAAAUGCUUUCAAUGGCACCUUACUUCAGACAUUUAAAGAGGGAUGUAAUAUACAAACACUUGAUCUCAGUGGGAAUCAAUUAGAGGGCCGAGUGCCAAGGUCUUUGGCCAAUUGCAAAAUGUUGGAGGUAUUAAACCUUGGAAAUAAUCAAAUAAAUGACACAUUCCCUUUGUGGGUAGAAGCUUUGCCCCAGCUGCGCAUUCUUAUCUUGAAAUUGAAUAAAUUUUCUGGUCCUAUUACACUUCCACAAACAAAUCAGAGCUUCCCAAUGUUGCAGAUCAUUGACCUCUCUUCUAAUAGUUUUAUGGGUGGUUUGCCAUCAAAUAUGUUUCAAAACUGGAAGACAAUGAUGGAGGACGACAAAUCUGAACCUAAGCUGCUUAGUAGAUACUUAAAUGGACCAGGGAAUUUGGUAUACUAUCAAGAAUCAGUGGCAUUAAUGAUCAAAGGACAAGAAAGAGAAUUGACGAAGAUCCUAACCAUCUUCACAGCAGUCGAUCUCUCAAAUAACUAUUUUCAAGGGGAUAUUCCAGAAUCUAUUGGGAUUCUCAAGUCGCUCCGUUUGCUCAAUAUGUCGCACAACAGUUUCACAAGCCAAAUUCCAACAUCACUUGAGAAUUUAAUAGUGCUCGAGUCAUUAGAUCUCUCACAAAAUGACAUUUCAGGAGAGAUUCCUUGGCAACUCACAAAGCUCAUAUUCCUCUCGGUGUUAAAUUUGUCACAAAACAACCUUGUGGGACGCAUACCACAAAUUAAUCAAUUUCUCACAUUCACAAAUGAAUCAUUCCAAGGAAAUUCUGAAUUAUGUGGAGCUCCACUAUCAAGAAUAUGUAUUGCCCUACCAUCAGUACAGCCGAUAUUUGAAGAUGCAACUUCAGAAUUGGAUUGGAAAUUCAUUUGGAUAGGUUUUGGAGUUGGACAUGGAGUGGGCAUGGGAGUUCUUUUCUGGACUCUAAUAUUAUGGACAAAGGGAGGGAUUGAAUACAACAAAUUUAUAGAUAAGAUGCUUUCAUUGAUUCUUCCCUCUACAAUAUUUGCUCUAAAGCGCCGUCGAUAA